ACAGAGAAGAGUUGAGUCUAAUAAGAAAGCUGAGGUUAGUUGUGUGUGAUGAAGUUAGAGGGUACUGAGAUUUUGAAGUGCAACUAUGCAGCAAGAAACAUCCCCAGAGGUGUGGUUCUGUUACCCUUCACUCUUGUUGUGAUACUGCUCCUCUUUCCUCUCCUCAGAACCUUGAAUCUAUCAGCUUCUAAGAUAUUUGCCACAAGCUUUGAAUCUAAAGAAGAAACAAGAAGGAGUAGUUGCAAUGUUUUCUCUGGGAACUGGACUCCUUAUCUGAAGGGACCGUACUACAGCAAUGAGACAUGCCCUUUCAUAUUUGACAAGCAGAAUUGCCUUCUGCAUGGAAGACCUGACAGGGAGUUUCUUCAAUGGAGAUGGAAACCUAAUGAGUGUCAGCUUCCUCUCUUUGAUGCUGCUCAGUUCUUGAAGAUGGUCAAAGGGAAGUCAAUGGCCUUUGUUGGGGACUCAAUCGGGAGAAAUCAAAUGGAGUCCUUGUUGUGCCUCCUUAGUUCUGUUGCGCGUCCUGAAGAUAUUACAGGAAAACACGCAUCAGACAGCACAUACUUCAAAUGGUGGUUCUAUCCUGAUCACAAUUUCACUCUUGCAUUAUUAUGGUCCCCCUUUCUAGUCAAGUCCAGCAAAAGUUAUCUCAAUGAUAGUUCUAAUUUCUACCUUGCCGAGAAGCUUUAUCUCGAUGAACCAGAUGAAGCUUGGGCUAGUCAAAUUGAAGACUUCGACGUUGUGAUCUUCUCUGGAGGACAAUGGUUCUUCCGACCGCUAACAUUCAUGGAACACGGCCACGUUGUUGGAUGUCAAAAAUGCCAGAACAACACUGAGCUCAACUUCUAUGGAUACAGGAUCGCAUUCAGAACAGCUUUCAAGACCAUUUUAAAUCUUAAAGGGUUCAAGGGGUUGACAUUUGUGGUGACACACUCUCCGAACCACUUUGAGAAUGGGCUGUGGAACACUGGUGGUGGUUGUAAUAGAACAAAGUUAGUUACCACUGUGGAAGAAAAGGUGGCAGUGCAUCCAUAUGGAAUAGAAGAAUUGCACCAAAUACAAAUAGAAGAAUUCAGAGAGGCAGAAAACGAAGCUAAGAAGAAGGGUUUGCAGUUGGGUUUGAUUGAUAUAACUGAAGCAAUGCUGGUGAGGCCAGAUGGGCAUCCCAAUAGUUAUGGCCAUGCCAUUGAUAAAAACAUUACUGUCAAUGAUUGUGUUCAUUGGUGCCUGCCAGGUCCUGUUGAUACGUGGAAUGAGAUUUUGCUAUAUCACAUGAAAACAAGGAUGUGAUCAAUUAAUGUCUCAUUUUUUUUUACCAGGAGUCUUCAAUUGUUUUACUUUACCAUGAAAUGGUAUAAUAUUAGCAGACUAAAUUGCCAAAUGGUGAUUUAUUUUAUUUUAUUUUAUUUUUUGGAGGAAACUAUCUUUAAUUAUUUAUUGUGUUUCCAAGGUGCAUUAUCACUUUUUAUAGUGAAAUUGCCACCACCCGUAAAAAAUUGAUUUUUCUUUUCUUUUCACAAUUCUUCUUCUAAACAAUAAACAUUCCAAGACCUUCAACUUCAA